AAUUCGAACCAGAAGUGAGCUCAAUCUUUUUAAUUUUUUACCCCUGUUUUAUGUUUUUCCUUUUUCUUUUUUAUUUAUUCUCCUUCAGUUUUUUUUCCCUUCUCCAAUUCAUCGCCGAUUUAUUCUAGCCGACAUACCGGCGCCGCCGAUUUAGACUCCGAGAAUCUGUCUCUCAGAUCUGUACCGUCUCUUUCAGGGUUGGUGUCUUUGUUACUGCAAAGGGGUAGAAAGAGCUACGACGAAACUAUACUUUUUGGUGUCCAGAUGACUUUUUGGUGCCCAGAUGAUUAGAACUGAUGUUAUUGGCAGUGGAAGGAGGAGGGUUCUUCUCUUCUUCAGCUUCUGGGUAUAGCAAGGGUCUGACCCUUCUUCUCUUGGGUCAGAAGCCCGAAGAUAAACCCAUGAGAGUUUCGCCGUGGAAUCAGUACCAGUUGGUGGAUAACGAACCAGACCCUGACCUCCAGCUGGCUUCCUUGAAGAACCGGCUUUCCCGCGGGUGCGCUUCCUUUGUUUGCUUUGGUCGCGCUUCCGCUGGGCUUGACUCUCCAUCACCUCUCAAAGUAGGUCCUACACAACAGCAGGAUGUCUUGCCAGAUCGUCUUGUUACUGACAAGGGUAAAGACCAUACAACUGAAAUUCAAGGUGAUAGCAAUGCAAGAAGAGUUACUCUUAAGAGUAGCUUGAAGAAGCCGUUAAAUAGUAUUCCAGUUCCAGUUAAGGAUUCUAAUCAACACUACACAUUAAGUGAGAAAGGUAGUGAUAUCCCUGGUCUUACAGAAAGGAGAAAAGUGCAGUGGACAGAUGUUUGCGGGAGUGAGCUUGUUGAAAUCAGGGAAUUUGAGCCAAGUGAAACAGCUGAUUCAGAUGAUGAAUUUGAGAAUGGAAAUGAAAGAAGUUGUUCGUGUGUGAUUAUGUGAUCGAUUUUAUUAGCAAAUCAUUUUUGUGGACUCAUUUUUGCCUUGAAAGUGAUGCAAUACACAAAUCUCUACUAACAGAGAUCAUCUGCUUCUCCACGGUUCAACUGAUUUAUCGGUAAAGGAAAACCAAAAAAAAAAAGCAAGUAAUUGCGUCGAUAGGACAUUGCAACCAUACGAAGGAGCUCGAUGCCCGGCCUGCCAUCCCUGUUGGAUUGAUCAUUUAUGUUCAUAUUUAAUUCAUGAGGAUUUCAAUUUUGUUGCUAUGUUCACUUUGCUUUGUUAAAUUAUUUUCUUAUUUGUGAUUGCCUUGUCCCUUUCUUUUUUCUUUUAAAAUCUUAGUCAAUGUGUCAUAUUAUUUUUCUUUUCAUGGGUGGUUGAUGCAAUAUUUAAUGUUUAAGUCA